CCUAAUUUUGGUAAUACUUUUCUUUUCCUUCCUUAGCCCCUCCCUCCCUCCUCCUUUCCCAAUUGUCAUCAUAUAAUCAAAAUCAAAACUCCUUUAUAUAUAUAAUAAUAAAUACACAAAAUCUCUAAAAAGAAAAAAGCAAAGGGCUUUACUAACUUCCCUCUCUCUCUGUUUUCGAUUGAUUGUUUUCAGAGAUGGGGAGAGGAAGGAUAGAGAUAAAGAAGAUUGAGAAUGUGAACAGUCGCCAAGUCACUUUCUCCAAGAGACGCAACGGGCUGAUGAAGAAGGCCAACGAGCUUUCGAUCCUCUGCGACGCGGAGGUCGCCGUCAUCGUCUUCUCCAGCACCGGCAAGGCUUACGAUUUCUCCAGCGGAAGUAUGGAGCACAUUCUGUCUAGAUAUGGGUACAGUGCUGUUACGGCUGGUCAUAGACAAAGAGAAGAACAACAACAGCUUCUACUUUGUUCUUCUCAAGAUAAUGGUGAUGUGUUGCGGACAGAUGAACCUUUGAGGAGCGAACUUGAGAGGCUACAGCUUGCUAUUGAGAGACUGAAGGGUAAGGAGCUUGAGGGUAUGAGUUUCUCGGAUCUUAUUUCUCUUGAACACCAGUUGAGUGAUAGCUUGCAUAGCGUCAAGGAUCGAAAGGUAAAGAAUAGCUUUUAUUCACAAUCCAUCUGUGAAUCAUCUCUGACUUGCAAAGUUUUUGUUUUGAUUCAGACACAACUCUUGCUCAACCAGGUAGAAAGAUCUCGGUUACAGGAGAAGAGAGCUCUGGAAGAGAACCAAAUCUUGCGUAAACAGAUAGACAUGUUGGCGAUGUCAGGACCAAAACCAUUGAGUGAAAUACCGCAAUUCUCUAGCCCGCAAGCAGAGCCUGAGAGCUCUUCAUCAGACGAUGAUGACGAAAAUGACAACGAGGAGCACCCUUCCGACACUUCCUUGCAGCUGGGGUUGUCUUCAUCAGCGUAUUUUGCAAAGAGAAAGAAGCCAAAGAUCGAACCACCCUGCGAUAACUCUGGAAGUCAAGUGGCGUCUGACUGAUUGAGAUAUCAAUCAUUCUUUCUAAUUAUGGUGUUUAGUAGAGGUUUUAUUGUGCAUUCUCCUUUUGUUUCAUGCUGCCUGGUCUUUUGGUGUACAUUCGUAUCAAGUAGAGUUUAUUUUUUUAGGGUAAUCAAACAUUAGUUACUCUGGUUAAAGUUUCUAACAGAGAAGAAACAAAUCACAUUAAACAUGAAGAUGAGAAUGAUUUAAGGAGACGACCAUUCA